ACUAGGCCUCCUUGGAUCAGGAAGCUUGGGUCCUCGUUUCCUGAAUGAGUCAUGGUCAGUGUUAAUUUCAAUUUGCUGGAAACUUUGCACGAUGCACUGCUGUGAGGUCAGUCUAAGGCCUAUUGGGAACACAUUGUUCUUGGCUACAGUACAAGUACAAUAGUACAAUAACGAUGCUUAAGAUGUAUUAUUUAUAUACCGUUAGGCUUCAAGGUAGAAGCGCUUGGGAAAUGUUUUAUAAAGAGAAAUGUUGAUACUUUAUCGACAAGUUGAGGACAUGAGGUUUAUGGUCUCGUUUAAGGUGUGGCGCAUUCCUGACAUCCAGCUGGCCUUUCAACAUUAUGUUCAAUGUUUGCUCAUGGGCCAAAUACAAAUGCAACCUAAUAUGCGACAGUAAGUGGACAAACGGCUUCAUAUUGGUCAUGUUGUCAUAUCAUCUGAGCCAUGCUGUACCCACAGGCACAUUACUGAACGCUCCUCCUCCACCACAUCACAGCUCCAGACGAUCUUUGACUCCAUGACCCCCGGUAUCUGUCUGCUCUUUAUUUAUUCAUGGGGUCGAUGAGGGUUUAGAGAGGGAACCCAGCCAAUUGGUGCCAUGAGACUCAGUUUCUGGGUUCCUUUUUCUGAAAGCUGUAUUGAUUCGGUAUGUUUGGUAUUAAUAAAUCGUUGGGGCAACUGUGGAGGAACACGGAUUGGAAGUACAUUUUACAUGCAGGAAUCUUGGCGCAUCUUGGAUCCACUGAAACAUGACACAAAGAUAUACCAUAGGGGUUUGCAGCAUAAUCGUCACUCAGACUGUCUGUUGGAGAUGUAUUUUCAUUUCAACCCUGGUUAAAACAUGUGGGUCAUCCGCUUUGUAUGAGUAUAGUGGGCCUACGCUUAUUGUUUCCUCGACGUGUCUGGGGGUGAGUGGGACCAGAGUGGUUUCACUGGAGAUAUGUCUCCAUCUGGGAAUAAUAAGCUAAAUCCAGCAGCUCCUUCCCACACACUCUUUAUGUAGCUUGGCCAGCGCAGAUCUAUUGCUGGAGUUGGUCUGUGUGGAGGGAAAAUCCAAUAGUAUGCCCCGAGGCACCUUCUACAUACCUUAUAGCCUGCUCUCUCUCUCCCUCUGUCUGAUUGGUCGAAUUCUCCUCCUUAUUUAGAUUCUCGCCACACGUUUUUGGAUUAUCAAUAAAACAUUUUCGGUGACUUGUUUUGUGUGUGUUGACUUUUGACACCUGCCAUUGUUUAUGCCAGUUAUUUUAUGAAGCAUUUGCUCCUGUCUUGAUGAAAAUGUAUUCACCUUCACAUUCCUGUGAAAGGGAAUUAAAACCCAAACAAAGCGGGAGCUUCAUCCGACUAAGCGUCUGUGGUUGGGCAGCAAUUGUUAUUCAAAUGUUCUGCUUUACAAUCGCCUCCACCCACCUUGUUACCCGGACUUCCUCUGCUCUUAAGCUGUCUGAUCGCUGCUUGGCGGGGGACAGUUGUGGAAUAAUCAAAGCUCUUGUUCUUGUGGCCCUCAGAGGCCUGCACUCGGGGUCCAAAAUGAACAAAUGUCACCAGCCCAUGAUGGCUACAUUUGACAUUUUGGCAGUUGGUAAAAUGUGUGGGCACAUAUUAAAAGAACUGCCUGGUCGGUCGAUUUUUCCACUCCGGCAGGUAAAUGAAUACACAUUGACGGCUGCCUAUACUUUGGUUGUUUGACUUCUUGCCUGACUUUCAAGGGACCAACCGAUCCCAAACUCGUGUUCAAUGUUGUUCAGACGAAGAAACCUUGUUCUUUUGCCAGGCAAACACAAAGUCUCAGACGUGUGUUGAAACUAGCUUUAAUGCGGCCUGCGACCGUUGAUCAGGAAACAUUUAUAGAUAACCAGGCCAAACCUCUAAACCCCUCUUGCGCCUACCACCUUCUCCUCCACCCAAUGGCCCAUUAAUUAUAAGCUUAUGUCAAUCCCUGAGUCAGAGCAGUAUUGCCUCCUGUAUGACAGGCUCCGCCCCCUGAUUAUGAUGAUUAUUAUGUGGGCGGGGCCAGAGCUAUUAAUCACACACAGGGGCCCAGGGCUCAAAACAUACGCUCAUGCCUGUCUGUUCCAGGGAACUGCCCUAGAGGUAUGUUCUACAGCUGACUGCACCCCCUUUGCGUCACUGGGUUUUAUUUUUUGCCUCCAUUUUCCUCGUCUUGAUACCGUUCUUAUCCUGGUGGGUCGAGGUGUGUCUUGUGUGAAGUCCAGGAUGAACGGCUACGACAACCCCCCCCUCGCCCCUGGCACCUUCGGCUCCUACCCCUCCCACCUCAACGGCCAUGGCUCCAAAUUCCCCGAGCCUCAGGAGAAUAAAGCCAAAGUCAAAUCCAGUGCCAAAAGUCUGUACGAGCAAAGGAAGCACUACACCAAGACCAGCAUCAACAGCCUGACGGACACAUCCCAGUACCAUGUGGAGCACCUCACCACCUUCCUGCUGGACCGUAAGGACGGCAUGGUGACCGCGGAGGACGGCAUCCGCCGGCUGCGUCUGCUGGACGCCAAGGGCAAGGUGUGGACCCAGGACAUGCUGCUGCAGGUGGAGGAGAAGACGGUCAGCCUCAUCGACCAGGACACCCAGAAGGAGCUGGAGAACUUCCCCGUGGGGAGCAUCCAGUCGUGCCAGGCGCUGAUGAACGCCUGCUCCUACGACUCCAUCCUGGCGCUGGUCUGCAAGGAGGCGGGCCAGGCCAAGGCCGACCUCCACCUCUUCCAGUGCGACCACAUCAAGGCGAACCUGAUCCAGGCGGACAUAGAGAGUGCCAUGCUGGACGCCAAAGCGGGCAAAGUGAAGAAGAGGCCAGAGGCCUUGAAGAUGAUUCUGAAGAGUGACGGGCUGAUUCCCCCGCCCCCGGCUGCGCCCGCCCCCGCCCCCCCUGACUCUGUCAAUCAAAUGGAUGUGAAGAGCAGAGUGGCUGCCUGGUCGGCCUGGACCAAUGAGCAGCAAGAGAUGCUGACGGACGACCAGGUGAGGCGCUACUCUGGCGAGGACGACCUUCCUGUCGGGAUGACUGUGUUCCACGUGGACCGGGACGUGAAAAUCCUGAACCACAUCCUGGAUGACAUCGAGUUCUUCGUCACCAAACUGCAGAAAGCCGCCGAGGCGUUUAACGAGCUCUCCAAGAGGAAGAAGAACAAGAAGGGCAAAAAGAAAAGUCCAGGAGAGGGCGUCCUCACUCUACGCUCACGGCCCCCGACCGAGGAGGAGUUCGUUGACUGUUUCCAGAAGUUCAAACACGCGUUCAAUCUGCUGGCAAAGUUGAGAGCCCACAUCCAGAACCCCAGCUCCGCGGAUCUGGUGCACUUCCUGUUCACGCCACUGAGGAUGGUGGUGCAGUCCUCGGGGGGCGAUCUGGCCCGCAGCGUGGUGGUUCCGCUCCACACCAGAGAGGCCAUCGACUUCCUCCACGCCAACGGCACCGUGGACGAGAGGCACCUGUGGGUGACGCUGGGCGACGGCUGGACCAAGUGCAGGUUGGAGUGGCCCAAGGAGCAGUACUUCCCCCCCUGCCCCCUGCGGUUCCGCGACGGCUGGGAGCCCCCCGCGCUGCCCCCCCCCACCCCGGGGCCCCUGAGGCACGAGCAUCAGGCCCCCGGGGGCCCGCUGGGCGACGCCCUGGGCCACGCCGAGGGCCACAGACACGAGGAGGGGGGCCUUCGCCACGCCCAGGAGUCGUCGAUGAACCCGGGCGUCCCGUCGGGCGACAGGUACAGUCUGGCCAGCGCCUCGUGCGACCGCUCUCAGCCGCUGGACCAGGACAUGGCCCUGGCCGCCUUCCAGCAGGCCGUCAGCCGUCACGUCGAUCGCAUCGGCCAGCCAAAAAUCUUUGCCAAAUCUAAAUAUGACUUUGUGGCUCGAAACAACACGGAGCUGUCUGUGCUGAAGGACGAGGUUGUGGAGGUUCUGGACGACAAGAAGCAGUGGUGGAAGGUACGCAACGGCUGUGGGGCCGCGGGCUACGUGCCAAACAACAUCCUGGAGACCACCAGGGCGGUGGACAUCAACGGCAGAGGAGAGCCCAUCUACAGCCACACUAUACAGAAGCAGACCACCAAGGCGGACCUCGGCCCGGCCAAACCUGGCGGGGCGAUGCCCAUGCCGCCGGCCCCCGCUCCCCCUCCCCCGGCCCCGGCCCCAGCCCCCUACCGGCUGCCCACGCCCCCCCUGCCCCCGCCGACCGAGCCCCCCAGGCCGGAGACCUCCGCCUCGACCACCACCACCACCGCCACCAACGGCGGCGGCGUGCGUGAGGUGGGCCAGCAUGACAGCGACACCGGGAGCGUCGCCAUGAGGGAACGCCAGCGCCACCCGCCGGCCAGCCGCAGGAAAUCCAACAUGGAGGAGGUGCAGGACGAGCUGAUGCACCGGCUGACUCUCGGCCGCAGCACCCAGAAGAAGUUCCCGCCGCCGGCCCGCGGCGCCACCGGGAACGCCGUCAACAUCACGUACGACUCGGCGCCCGACGAGGUCCGCGCCUGGCUGGAGCUCAAGGGGUUCAGCACCGUGACCAUCAACAGCCUGGGCGUGCUGACCGGGGCGCAGCUCUUCUCCCUGAACAAGGAGGAGCUGAAGACGGUGUGUCCGGACGACGGGGGCCGUGUCUUCAGCCAGGUGACGGUGCAGAAGGCCGCCCUCGAGAGGAGCUCAGGCUCUGAGCUUCAGGAGAUCAUGAGGAGGAGGCAGGAGAAGCUGGCGGCCAACACCAGUGACUCGGGGGUGGAGUCAUUUGACGAGGGCACCGCCCACUGA